AUGCCACUGCCACGUCAGGCGCUCCCAGACUCCCACCACGGCUUCAUCCCCUACGCGUACCACCCCGAUGUCGACAUGCACUCUAGGCCCGACGAGGAUGGCCUUAUCUUUGACCCGACCUACGGUGAGUGCCGUGCCUGGUGGACGAACCUCAGCUGGCGCGGCGUCCUCAACGUCACCGUCACACUAUCCCUCCUCGCCCUCUUCAUAUCCUACCCCAUCAUCUCCCACCACAACAACGUCCUCACCCACAUCGCCACUGCCGACACCCACAUCAACACCACUGGUCAAUACGAUUUCUCCUUCCACUGUCCCUUCAUCUCUGCCGCUUCCCUGUUAAUCUGA